AUGAGCACCGGACAGACGUAUGAGAAGAAGAUUGCGAGUAUUUUGACCGAUCUACCAGGAUCUAUGAGUUGCCACCCGAGCUCCAAAGACUCUCCUACUCUCCCCGAGUCUUCGGUGACGGACAUGGGCUACUACAGCGGACAGACGGCCCCGAGCCAUCACGAAUACUAUCAGAGUCAAGCGUACGGACAGCCCAUGAACUCUUACCACCAUCAGUUUAAUCUGAACGGAAUGGGAGCUGCUGGAGCGUACGUGACCAAAUCUGAAUACCCCUACACAAAUAGCUACAGACAGUUCGGACAUUACAACAGAGAUCACCUGCAGCCAUCGCCUACGUGCUCAGUGAAAGAAGAGCCAGAGCCUGAGGUCCGCAUGGUGAAUGGAAAACCGAAAAAGAUCCGCAAGCCGAGGACGAUCUACUCCAGCUACCAGCUCGCUGCUCUGCAGAGACGCUUCCAGAAGGCGCAGUACCUCGCGCUGCCCGAGAGAGCGGAGCUGGCGGCUCAGCUCGGUCUUACUCAGACACAGGUCAAGAUCUGGUUCCAGAACCGGAGGUCCAAGUUCAAGAAGCUGUACAAAAACGGCGAGGUUCCCCUGGACCACAGUCCCAACGCCAGCGACUCCAUGGCCUGUAAUUCCCCGCCCUCCCCCGCGGUCUGGGAGAACAGCACCCCUCAGAGCACCCCGAUCAACAGACCUCAGGUCCCGCAGCCGACGCACAGCUCUUCGCCGCCAUACCUGGAGGAUUAUAACAACCACUGGUACCAGCAGGGAUCACACCUACAGCACCCGGGCACCGUGCACCACCCAGUCCCGCAGCAAAGCGUGGGAGCGGUUUAUUAACAAUGACUCACGAGCAGAUUUAUCUCCUCAAACCAGCUCUCUCCACAAUGACUCUGCAGAGCAAACCGGACCGAGAGCAGGCCUGAAGUGAAACAUUGCUUUUGAUUUUUUUUGAUCAAGAAUGUUUCAGAAUUGGGUUUCCAUUCACAAAGCACAUGAGGGAUUUCUAAUCACUUGUGGCAGCAUAUUUAACGGACAUCUGGCGUGUUUUUAUUUUUUUUAAUUAUUAUUAAAU